AUGGGGAUGGAAGAACGUGCAGAGGAUGCAUAUAUUGAUGGGAGAUGGACAUCAAAUAGAAACAACAGGGUUUGUCGGGGGUUGAAGAUUGUUUUGGAGACAGGGGAGUUCGUAGUGGAUGCGUUUUUAUCCGAACUUGAUGAUAUUGAUCUUACCCUUGUCAUGGCAUGGCUAGAGUCAUUGGGAGAAAUGUGGGUAGAUUGGAAGAAACAAAUCAUGAAGCUUAAUUCUGCCCAAGAGAUUAAAGUGCUUAGAGAGAUGGAGCAGAACGAAUCCCUGAGUUGUAAUCUCUACAAGUUUGAAAUCGAAGGGGAGGCUAAGAAAGAAGAAGAAGCAAGUCAAAUUCUGUUGGAAGAAUUAAAACAGACGUUGGGUCAAUAUGAAGAUGUGUUCAAGGAACCAAAAGGCCUACCUCCAAAACGCCAAAAGGAGCAUUGCAUAAACCUGCUUCCACGGAGUGCACUAGUUAAUAGUGGAUUUUCUAGUCCUAUAAUCUUGGUGAAAAAGAAAAACAAUCGUUGGCACAUGUGUGUGGAGUAUAGGGCAUUGAACAAGGUAACAAUACCUAACAAGUUCCCAAUCCCACUAAUUGAAGAGCUCUUAGACGAGUUGCAUGGAGUUAAGUAUUUUUUAAAAUUAGAUCUCACUUCAGGGUACCAUCAAGUCAGAAUGAGGGAGCAAGACAUAGAAAAGACGGUAUUUCGAACCCAUGAAGGACAAUACGAGUAUCUGGGUAGAGAACCUAUCACUUACUACAACAAGGCUUUAAGCCCCAAGAAUCUUUCCAAAAGCCUCAAACAACUUUUGCAGCAGCGCAUCACAAUGGGAAGCCAACAGAAUUGGAUGGCAAAAUUAUUGGGGUAUAACUUCGAAAUAGUUUAUAAGCUGGGUUGUGAAAACAAAGGUGAUGAUGCCUGUCUCGAAGGGACCAAGUUAAGGAUGAGUUCGGCGUAUCACCCGCAUACAGAUGGUCAAACGGAAGUGACCAAUCGAUGCUUGGAGACAUACCUUCGUUGUUUCAUCAUUGAUCAAUCGAAAGUGUGGAUUAAUUGGUUGUCAUGGGCAGAAUUGUGGUUUAACACCACUUACCAUGAAUCUAUAAGGAUUACAUCCUUUGAGGCAGUUUAUGGGAGGCCUCCUCUAAGAACUAAGAGGAGAGGUGAAAGUAGAGGUGGUUUAGCGUGA